UGUCAUAUGUGUAGGAGAUACAGAAAUAGGCGGUUCUCUAGUCAGAGUUGUGUAGUGCCCCGAGUUGUAUUCAACAAGCUCUAGAUUAUAGUUUUGGAUAGUUAAAGACUUACACAAGUAAUUCACUUCAUCUGUAACGAAAAUGGCAAGUGAUUUAGAUUUGGACAAAUGCUACCAAACAAUAUUGACAUUGGUCGAUGAAGCCGGCAAGAUAGUUGCAAGCCGUAAUUCGGAGCGGAAAAGUUAUGAGCAAAAAUCAGGCGAUAUUGAUUUGUUGACAGUUACAGAUAAAGAGGUAGAAAAACUACUUAUCGACAGAAUUAAGGCAGAUUUUCCCUCUCAUAAAUUCAUAGGGGAGGAAGGGUCCAGCUCUGGGGAAUCGAAAUGUGUUCUCACGGAUGAUCCGACUUGGAUAAUUGAUCCUGUCGAUGGCACCAUGAACUUCGUCCACAGCUUCCCGCAUUCCUGCAUUUCGGUUGGCCUAUUCGUUAAUAAGGUGCCUGAAAUUGGUGUUAUAUACAAUCCCAUGUUGAAUCAGAAGUUCACAGCCCGUCGAGGCAAAGGAGCAUUCUACAAUGGAAAUCCAGUUCACGUCUCAGGAGAAAAAGAACUCAGCAAGGCAUUGAUAACCAGUGAAUUCGGAAGUUCCCGAGACCCCGAAAAGAUGCAAGUUGUUAACGAAAACUUCCAGAAUCUCUCCAAAAUAAUUCACGGAUUUCGCAUACUAGGAGCAUGUGCCCUGGAUAUGUCAAUGGUGGCUAUCGGAGCGGCCGAUGCAUGCUACGAGAUGGGAAUUCACAUAUGGGAUAUCGCUGCUGCCAUUCUCAUUGUUCGAGAAGCGGGUGGAGUCGCAAUCGAUCCUAGUGGCGGAGAAUUGGAUGUGAUGUCGAGAAGAUGCUUAGUUGCUGCGUCGCCGGAACUGGCAGCAGCAAUCGCCAAAAAUUUGAAACAAUACUAUCCAAAGCCACGAGAUGAUGAAUGUUAAUCGUUGUAGAUGUUUUGCUGGAUACGGACCACCAUAACCACUGGAAAUGAUCCGUGCCCCAAAGGAGUAAGAGUAACUAACAAAUGGCGGCACUUUCUCAGGUGUUUCCUACUUUGUCUCACCAUAAUUAACUAAAAUAAAGCGUGAUGUUGA